CGUACCUUUUACACGCAUAUACAUCUACGCUUAGGGCCGGUUUCUUAAAGACUGAUUAGUGCCUAAACGGGGGUUAAUCGGUGUUUUGGUGAAAAAGCGUUUUUUCAAUGCCCGAUUAGCACAAAUUCGUCGGUUAACAACCGAUUAAGUUUACCAGGCGAUGGCCACCGGUUAGCUGCUAACCGAUCAAAAAGUGACAUCUGACAGCUGUAAAAAACAUCAAAAAUUAAUUUAUUGUUAUUUACACGCACAUUUUUAUAAUUAUGGAACAUAUAAUUGGGCUUUCUAUUAUUUCCAAUUUGGAUUCGAUGCGCGUUAUAAGAAAACCGCGAACAUAUGGAGCGAAAGCAAAUUUCUUUGAGGAAUAUGACGAGUAUACAUUUGUAAAAAGGUUUCGUCUUUCAAAAAAAAGUGCUCUGUAUAUUUUUGAAAAAAUUCAAAGAAAAAUUCGAAAUUACACUCAAAGAAACCACGCACUGAGCCCAUUGGAAAUGUUAUUGCUAGCGUUGCGCUUCUAUGCAUCAGGAAGCUUUUUAAUUACAGUGGCUGAUUUCUGUGGAGUGAGUACGUCCACUGCAAGCCGAGUAGUCAAAAGAGUCUCCUAUGCAAUUGCAGAACUUUCGAGAGAGUAUAUUAAAAUGCCAAAAAGCAGUGCAGAAUUGGAAAUUGUUAAUCGUAGUUUUCAUCGGAUUGCAAAUUUCCCAAAAGUCGUUGGAUGUAUAGACUGCACCCAUGUAAAGAUCCAAUCGCCUGGUGGAGUAAACGCCGAAAUAUUCCGAAAUCGGGAAGGGUACUUUUCGUAUAAUGUACAAGCAGUCUGCAAUGCAAAUCUGGAGAUAACUGAUCUUGUAUGUCGAUGGCCUGGCUCCGCACAUGAUGCCAACAUUUUUAAUAAUAGCCGUAUUAAGCAUCGUUUUGAGCUAAAUCAAUUCAAGGAUUGCUUUAUACUAGGCGAUAGUGGGUAUGGUGUCAGUAGAUACAUGAUGACGCCGCUUUUACAUCCUAACACUGCUGCGGAACGGUUGUAUAACGAGUCUCAAAUCAGAACCAGAAAUUGCGUAGAGAGGUGCUUUGGCGUGUGGAAGCGUCGCUUUCCAGUGCUUUCCGCAGGAUUAAGAGUUUCGCAAAAUACCGUUAUGGCAGUUAUUGUAGCCUGCGGUGUUUUACAUAACAUCGCGCGGCAAAAUAGAGAUGCGGAUCCAUCCGAAGAAGAGAAUUUUACUGCUGAAGAGUCCACUGAAAAUGCAAUGGAGGCAGAUGAAUCCACGACCGAAACGCCAGGAGUCUCUUUUAUGAGGUCGAGUUUAAUCAGAGACUAUUUUGCAAGGUUAUAAAGGAAUACCAGGAGUGCCAGUUACUGUAUUAAUAUUCGAAUUCGGGUUCGGUUGGUAUUCGUACCAUAUACACUGGUGGCCGGAUAAUUAGAAACGAUUUUAUUUUUCAAGUUUUGACCAUCUAUUUAUAUAUUUAAUUUAUAUGGUGUUUGUUGUAUAACCAGCAAGACUUUUACAAAAAAAAUAUUAAGCAUUAAAUAAACAAAAGACAAAUAGUCAAAAGUGGUCAAGAUAUCGUACUGCUAUUAUUUUGUGGACAACUGUAUGUAUAUAUUAAUAGGCUAACAUAAAUUUUGUAAGAUCCAUACCUUCAAAAGCAAUUUCAUAAUAUAAACAAAAUUCUGUUUUG